AUGUACUGUGACCGUGAGGAUGAAUAUGAAGGCCUUUCACCAAAAGGAUCAAAAUCCAGUUUUCAUGAAGAUGACCCACAAAUUAAUUGGGCUCUUAACACAUCAACUCUGCAACAAAUUGCCAUUAAUUCCAUAUUUUUCACUUACGGUGUCCUCACAUUUCUAGACCUGUGUGCAACCCUUCUGUUGGCCUGUUUGUUCUGCAAGUUCUGGGAUUGCGUGCUGGCCAUUGGAGAUGGAUGUCAAUACUGUAUGGCCUCUAUCUGUUCAACUCUCUGCUCUAAAGCAUGCUGUUGUGACCCUUCCUCUUUGGAGGACUUUAUAGAUUUUUGUCCAUGUUGCAGCUGCACUGAUUGAGUCGAGGCAUGCCGCUGUAGUACCACAUUUGACUGCUCCAUUUGCGAUCUCUGUCUACAGACCACAGAGUGUCUGGAAAUCGGCAUGGAAAUGUCUCAGCUAAUGUUUCAAUAA